GCCCCCGCUGUCCAAAAUUAUUCAGCCCCAAAGCUGUUAUAUAUAUAAUUUUUUUUUUAAUUUCAUUUGUUUCAUUGCCUGCUGCGAUGCGAGGAGAGCUGAAGCCUGAAGCCUGAAGCCUGACGCCACCGCAAGUCUCCUAGUUCCGUCUGACCGUCUCUCCUCUUCUCUCCCAUGACCGUGAGUUCCAUCUGCUCUCAGCCUCCGUGAGCUCCCUGAUUUCCGACGCCACUACCAGCGCCAACACCCACGAUUGACGACUCCGCUGCCUCGCAACUGCCAGGUGGAAUUGCCCACCCAGGCGCUCCCAUACCUCGGCCCGACAGUUUGUGGAAGGGUACUUUUGCUCACUGCGCACAAGGAGCCUCUUAAUUUUCAGGAACACAACACUCUCAAAUCUCAGACUCCGACACUAAGAAAACCUCACUCGGCGUUCCCCUUAUCGUUUUCUCAAAUGAGCUGGAGGCAGCAUGUGCGUUGUUUAGCCAGAAAAUACAAGUCAUCACAAUGUUUGAUGGCUAACAAGCAAAUGAAUGGGAUUCUGGUUGUUGAAGAGAAUCCUUUCUUUUGUUUGAAACUGCAUAGAGGAUAUGCAUCAUCAAUGUUGCCUUCUCAAACUGAUCCAAGAAACAUAUAUCUUUCCAAAUCAUUGAACUCUGGAAGAAACAUGCUACCAAUGGUUAAGCUGUCCGGUCCUGUUGUGAGAAAUAUCCAAGGCCUGCAGCAUCCUCUAAUGAUCGUAUCUCGUCAAUUUGGCCAGAGUGCACAAAAUGAUCCUGAUUUGAGCAGAGAUUUUUUUGUACAGCUUUGGGUUGCAGAUAGAAAGAUGAAGCAGUCUGGUGUAAAACGAAGACCAAGAAGUCAUAGAUCUUUGAACGAUGGUGAGUCGGGGUCUGAUAGCCAAUUCCUUUCCAAAUUUCCAUCCGGAAGACAUUUCUCUGGUGCUUCUGCUGCAGAGGAAAAAUCCUUUCAAGAAGCAAAGCCAAAUCUUAGACAACCACCGCCUAGCCAAUCUGUGACGGGUAUUCUGCAACCUUCAUCACCUGAGGAGGCUAUGGUUGCUCCUCUUCUUGCUAGAUCCAACUUGCUGAUUACUAGAGAUAUAGAAUGGGCAAAUCUUGUUCUUGGCUUUGAGCAAGAAAACCGAUAUGCUAUUGUAGAUGUAUGCUACCCACAAUCGCCUGCAGGUUAUAUCCGUGAAAAGAGUAAUUUGCUUGCAAGACAGUUGCUUCGCCUAAGACGGCCUUUUGUGGCUUAUAUAACUGAUGGUCUGGGUAAUGAGCUUUUCAGGGUACGAAGGCCCUUUUGGUGGAUCACCAGCUCAAUUUAUGCUGAGAUAAAUGGAAAAGAAAUAGGAGUAGUCCACAGAAGAUGGCAUCUCUGGAGAAGAAUUUAUGAUCUGUAUUUGGGUAACGACCAAUUUGCUGUGGUUGAGAAUCCUGGCUUUUGGAACUGGACUUUUACAUUAAAGGACAUUGAUGGGAAAGUGCUGGCUCAGAUAGAUCGUGACUGGAGGGGAUUUGGUUUUGAGAUUUUUACUGAUGCUGGCCAGUAUGUGAUCCAAUUUGGUAAAGCUGAUUCCAGUAUUGCUCCAGUUGGAGGGAUCCAAGAGUUAGAUGUAGUUCGUCCACUAACCCUCUCUGAGCGAGCAGUAGCUGUUGCACUUGCUAUAUCACUUGAUAAUGAUUACUUCUCAAGACAUGGAGGCUGGGGAAUUCCAUUUGUUGAAGUUGGUGAAUGAACCAUAUUCUGCUAUUGCUUGCAAGUCAUCUGCUUAAGGUGAGGAUUAAAGUAUGCAAAAACGGGUGUAUGUUCAACAAAUUCUGUACAGUAAUAUAAAGACGCUUCUAUCUCCUAACCAUGGUGUACUGAAUAGCAAAUCUAUACUACGUUUGAGUCGCAAGUCCUGCCAAAUUAAAGUGAAGUUUGAAGUCAGGUAAAUACACUUGGAUAACACUCUUAACUGCUGCAAAUGAUAAGGUCUUAUUGAUUGAAUUGAUUAUGGACUGUUGUCAUAUCACAAUGGAAGUUAUUGAUCUAAUUAUCUUCAAGCCUC